AAGCGCCCAGGCUAUUGAACGAGCAAAUACGGUAUAUGGGAUUAUUUAGCCAGUUAUUUGUACCAUUUACCGUACCAUGUGCGCAGCUUGCACCGUAGUCUAAGUAAUAAAAAUUGAAGUACUAGUAUAUGGCUUACCAAUUAUAUACCGGUUCGCGGGAAACAAGAAUUUACUCAUCCCAAACUCUUGAGAUUCAAUUGUUUCGCAAAGCAACCCUGUCUACGGCGAUGAAACCGCAUUCGCUGUCGUGCAUGACACGGUGAUUCACAAUUACGGUAUUCAGCUAUUUUAAGAUAAAACGCUGAAAACUAUCAAACUUAAUCAGGAGUAAUAUCAAAUAUUACGUAGCUCUAUAAGAAACAUAUAAAUUUAACUGUUUAUUUUAAUAUUAUAUUAUAAGUCUAUUUAUUAUGAUAUGAGUUUAUUUUUGUUUAAAGUUACGAUAAGAGUGUGGAAUUUCCGGCAUGCAGUCCGCAAUUUCUUAAAUUACGCCACCGAUAAAGUUUGACAUAUUUUGGGGCGUUUUAGAGGUGUGGUUAAGCUAUUGUUGUUUUGCUUUUGCAGCUAAGGCGCUAAGUUCGCCUCGUUUUUCUUGGAAGGCUGCAGUAUUAGAUUUUAGGCAUAGAAAUGGAUGAUUCCGAGGAAUCGAAGAGUUGUAAUGGAAAUACAGAAACUCACGAAUCUACGAAUGGCACUAAUGGGAUUUCAGAGUUUACACCUGUUAUCACAGACGGAAAACCAGCCCGCGUAUCGGUGAAUUCCAACUACUGUAUGUGGACUUUACUAAUCACAACACAAUCUACUAUGAUGUCAAUCGGACUGGCAGUGGGGGCUCUCAAUCCAACUUUAACCAUCAUGUCAAAAUUCUAUAAUGAAACUUAUAUGGGACGUUAUGAUGAACCUAUCCCAGGAUCUACCAAGGAUUUACUUAUUGCUUUGACAGUUUCUAUGUUACUAGCCGGUGGAUUUCUUGGCGCACUCUCUCUCGGAUUAUUUGUGAAACUUUUUACUCGGAAACAUGCAAUGGUUGCGAUCAAUUCUAUCAAUAUUCUUGCUGUCGCGUCUGUCAGUAUUGCAGGAUAUUUUAUCCCGUCUUAUGAAGCUAUCAUUAUUGGAAGGUUUGUUAUGGGAUUCGUCGCUGGGAUUGCAAUGAAUGUUAUACCAAUGAUUAUAUCAGAAACAUCAACAAAAAAGAGAUCUCCUUUCUAUCUCAGCUUAAUAGGAGUCAACCUUUCACUUGGAGGAUUAAUAGGUCUAAUGAUGGGAUAUAAACAGGUAAUGGGAAACGAUGAAUUGUGGCCGAUUCUGCUUGCAAUUCCAGCUAUUCCUUCCUUGGUUUAUGUUUUGUUUUCACCUUGGUUACCAGAGACUCCAUCGUACCUGGUUCUUAUUGGGAAUAAAAAAGCAGCAUUUCAAACUUUAAAGAAAUUAAGAAUUGUUUUUGAUGAGAGUCUUCUUCAUGAAGAGCUUGUCGAUAUACAACGUGAACAAGACUCCCAAGGUCACUCUGAUCAAGCCGUUUCCUUGACAACCAUGUUCAAAGAUGACGGUUACCGUUGGCAAUUGUUUCUUGUUGUCAUGGUAUUUCUUGAGAGCCAAUUUUGUGGAAUAAAUGGAGUCGGAAUGUAUACAGAUAAAAUUUUCAUAAAAGCUGGAAUUCAUAAGGAUUUUGUUACUUAUGCAUCAACGAUUGUCUAUGCUGUGCAAUUUUUUGUCGCUUUAGCAGGGUCCAAAGCAGUUGACAAAUGGGGGCCGAGACGUCUCAGUAUAUUUUGGUCAUUCAUGAUGGCAAUAAUGUUGACAUUACUCACAAUAUCUUGGGCGACAGUCAAGUCUAUACCUAAUAUGACGUUUGUCAGCGUUGCUGCAGUCACAGUUUAUGUACUAUCGUGGGCAUGCGGACCAAACAUUACUUUAUUUCCUCUAAUAGCAGCAUUAACCACAGAACCAACAAGAGAAGCCUCGUUUAAGUUUGGCGGAGGUUUGUUCUGGAUUGCUUCUUGGUUUGUUGGAUUCAUUCCAACAUAUUUUAUGAAAUAUCUUGGAUCCUACGCGUAUCUACCAUGGGCGUUUUGCAAUUUAUUUUUCACAAUCUUUUUCUAUUUUCUCAUCCCGGAGACGCGAGGAAAAACAUCUGAAGAAUUACAGACGGAAAUUCAUAACAAGCGAAAAACGAAACUCAAAAACAACGAUACCUCAAUGCUACCACUGAAUUCUGAUGACGCGACUGUUUGAUUCUGAUUUUUAAAUAAUUAAUGACGGAAAUCGUAACAAAGAUAUUGAUUUAAACAAACUAAAUUAUGAUAUCGAUUGGGUUUUCUACGAAUUAACUACUUCUAUUUUUUGCGGCUGUGGAGACGUAUGCAUAUAAUGCAAGGAUGCUGUAGCAAGAGUAAAGAUAACUAUCCUAAGUGAUUCAGAAGUCUUGCUGAACACUAACACAAAUAUAUUUCUGUAACGUUUCGUUUGACUUCUUGACCUUGGUCAACUGAACUUUAUAUGUCUGAGGAAGCCUUACCUUGGUCAGACAAAGCGUUACAGAAAUAUAUUUGUGUUAGUGUGCAGCAACACACUUCAAUCAAUUAGAACUAAAUUAUAUUUCGAAUUUUUAGGAAUUUAGGGCCGCACAGCAUGAACAGUAAGAUCCCACUGGCUUAAGUUUUCAUUUCUUGCUAUAGUAUUCUUGCACUAUGUGCAUGCAGAUCGACUAACGCGAUAUAGAAAAAGAGGUUUCUAGAAAAAUUUUGCUUGUUAGAAAUUCCCACGCAAAACUCUCAAAUUUUAACUUCGGCCAAAUUCCAUUUUUGUAGUUAAACUAAACAAUAUUAAUGUACCUAGUCAUCAUUAAAAUUUUGUUGAAAAAUCAACCUGUAGUAAAAAUGACUUAAUUUUAACGCUAAUUUUUA